GGGGUGCUGAAGUAACGGAAGUAGCGGAUGUGUGUCAUGGCUGCAGGUCCUGAGCCCCUAGCUAGGCUUUCGCUUUCCCUCCGGUAAACGAAGUGAUCAUGGCGACGUUUUUCGGUGAGGUUUUGUCGGUGUAUUCUCGGGCAGUGGAGGAAGACGACGAAGAGCUCGACGAAAACGAAGAAGACGAAGAAAUCCACAGAGAACUGGAGGAAAAGAGGGAGGUUCAUCUGCACUGGAGCCCUGAAGUCACUGAGUCGCUGAAAUCUGGAAACAAGUUGCAGUGCUCAGAUUUCAUCCUUGCCGUGGGAGACAACGCUGCCAGGUUUCUGUCAGUGUACAUUCCCACCUCUGAAAACUGGGAUGCAGUGGGACAUGCAUCCGUGUGGAACGAGAGGAGCCGGGCUGUAACAAGCGAGGAGUCGGCAUGUGUUUUCCACAGACACAAGAACAACCCAUCGGUUUUGAUAUGCCGGGCGACGUGCUACAUUGCGGAAGACCAGCUGUUUCAGUGGACGGAAAAGGUGUUUGACUGCCUGCAGCACAGACAGCUGAAUGUGACUGUGCUGUCAGACAGCUCUGUGGCUGAGUACAAGACAGCAGACUAUCUGUGCAGUAGCUCUGCUCCCUUCCUGCGCUCGCUCCACACCGCUGCUUACCGUGACCGGCCUGUCUGCCAGUCACUGGAGCAACCCAACAUAAUCACUGGACUUCCAGCUGCAGUGCUGAACCACUGCGAGGUCCACAGCAUCGCCACUGUUGUGUAUCAGUGUUACAGUGACGUCACCGGCCCUGACUCUGUCACCAUGGAGACCUUCAAACCAGCACUAACCAAGCUCGGCAAGUUGAUUCAGUUGGACCCGUCUCCAAGCACAGACGUCCUCCGCAAGUUUGUCAGAGCCACCAACAUCCAGAGUAAUCUUUACAUCUAAAAAUGGCCACAUUGCACUCUGUGCAGUGCAAAGUUUAUUUUAUUUUCCUGUGGUAAAAUACUGUCAUUUUUUAAUAAAGUAAGUAAAGAAAG